UCCAUCUAUCUGCAUUGAACAGGAACCUUUGAGACACAUAAAUGGCUGAACAACUGUUGGUUACAUCACCAGUAAAAAUUACAUCGCACCUCACAUUAUCCCUGCUGGCUGUGGCUUUCCUCACCUCAUUUGGUAGCUCUAUGCUAUAUGGCUAUAAUCUAGCUGUGGUGAACUCUCCGGCAGGGUACAUUAAGAACUUUUAUAAUCGCACCGUUGUGAGUCGAAAUGGGACGGGACUGAAUGGGGAGCAGCUGACACUCAUGUACUCACUCACUGUGUCUGUCUUCGCCAUUGGAGGCCUGAUCGGCUCCUUCAUGGUGGGCAUGCUCGUCACCAGAUUUGGAAGGAAAGGGACUGUGGUCAACUCUACUGUUCUGGUCUUUAUAGCAGCCUCCCUAAUGGGCUUCAGCAGAAUCUGCCAUUCACCUGAAAUGGUUAUUUUCGGUCGCUUCGUCACCGGAAUACAUUCAGGGAUCUCUCUAAGUGUGGUGCCCAUGUAUCUGGGAGAAAUUGCUCCUAAAAAUCUGAGAGGCUUUCUAGGCCUCAUGCCCAGCAUAUUUAUCUGCAUUGGGGUUUUCUCUGCUCAGCUCCUGGGCCUGCAUGAACUCCUCGGAAAAGAGGAACACUGGCCUCUGUUUCUCUCCCUGGUGGUUAUCCCGACAUUUGUCCAGCUGAUGCUGUUGCCAUGGUUUCCAGAAAGUCCUCGUUAUUUGUUGAUUGAAAAGCACAAUAUCCAUGCCACCAUCACAGCUCUGAAGUGGUACAGGGCCAGAUGUAAUAUUCAGGCUGAGAUUGAGGAAAUGCAGGAGGAGCAGCGCUCCCUGUUCUCCAUCGAGACUGUGUCUGUCUGGCAGCUGCUGCUGGACCCUACAGUCCGCUGGCAGAUCCUUUCUGUGGUCAUCAUUAACAUCGGGAUGCAGCUGUCUGGUAUAGAUGCAAUCUGGUUCUACACCAAUGACAUUUUCGAGAAUGCUGGGAUACCAGCGGCUGAGAUCCCAUACACCACUGUUGGAACAGGUGCCAUAGAGAUCAUCGCAGGUCUCUUAGGGUGUUUCACAAUUGAGCGGCUUGGAAGAAGGCCACUGAUAAUAGGAGGUUUUGGGGUCAUGGGCCUCUGUUGUGCUGGGAUAACAUUUUCUCUUGUACUACAGACCUAUGUGCAUUUCAUGAAGUAUGUGAGUGUGGGCUGCGUGGUUGGCAUCAUUGCUGGGUUCUGUAUAGGACCAGCUGGUGUCCCGUUCCUGAUCACGGCAGAACUGUUUAAACAGUCCCACCGUCCUGCUGCUUAUACUGUCGGAGGAUCUUUAAACUGGAUGUCCAAUUUCACUGUUGGUUUCAUCUUCCCUUUUCUACAGAUGUUGGCAGGGUCCUACUGCUACCUGGUGUUCAGCAGUGUGUGCUUGGUAGUGGCAGUCUAUGUGUUCUUUGUCAUUCCUGAGACGAAGAAUAAGACAUUUAUGGAGAUCAGUCAGAUGUUUGCCACAAAAGAGGCAGUGGUAGAAAGCCAGGCCCUGACUCAGCCAGAUCAGCUUAAACUGAAGAAGAUGAAUGGGUAUGGAACGCUAGAGAAUGGCUCAUUUGAAUUUGACAGCUCUUCCUCUGGUCCCUGA